AUGCCCUCCCACUACAUAGCUGCUCACCCCACCUCCACACUGCCUCCCACCUCCCUAGGAACUGACAUGCCCUCACCCACCUCCACACUGCCCUCAACGCCACCUCCAACUGCCCCUGCACCACCUACAUAUUCUACAACACUCCUGCCUCACGCCACCUCCACACUGCCUCACCGGCGACUACACACUGCCCUACGCCACCUCCACACUCGCCCUCACCCGUCGACCUCCACACUGCCCUCACACCCUCACACUGACCCUCACUCCAAACUCAACUGCCUCACCCCUCCAACACGUGCCCUCACCCACCUCCACCUGCCCUACACCCUCUUACCCCACACUGCUCUCACUGCCACCUACACAACUGGCCCAUCACCCACCUCCACACUGCCUCACUCCCACCUCCCACACUGCCCUUCACUCCACCUAAGCAAACUGCCUCACCCACGGCUCCACACUAGCCCUUCACCCAGGCCCAACUGGCCCUCCCACUACACACUACCUCACGCCCACCUCACACUGCCUCACCCAACCUCCACACUGCCUCACCCACCUACAACACACUGCCUCCACCGGGUUCACCCACCUCCACACUGCCCUCACCUCACGCUACACACUUGCCUCACCACCUCCACACUGCCUUCACCCACACUGACACACUGCCUCACCAUCCUACACUGCCCUCACCCACCACCUCACCAAGGACUGCUCCACUCUCCCUACACACUGGCCGCUCCCCACGCUCCACACUGCCUCACCAUCUACACAGAACUGCCCUCACCCACGUCCAACUGCCCUCACCCCCUACACACUGCGCUCCCCCCACUCACAUCUGCCCUCAACCCACCUACCCACUGCCCUCACCACACCCUCCACAUGACUGCCCUCACCACCUGCACACUGGCCCUCAACCCACUCUCCACACUGCCCUCACCCACCUCCACACUGCCUCACUCGCACCUACACUACUGCCUCACACACCUCCACACGCCCUCACGCACCCACACCUGCCCUCUACGCACCUCCAACAUUAGACAUAUCUGCCUCACCCACCUCCACAGCCUACAUCACUGCACUCACCCACCUACAUCUGCCCUCAACCCCUACAUACUUGCCUACACACCUCACUUCCACACUGCCUCACCCACCGCACAUACUGCCCUCACCCCCUCACAACUGCCCUCACCCACCUACAGUACUGCCCUCACACUCACCUCCACACUGCCCUCACCCACCUACAUACUGCCCUCACCCGCUACCAACUUCCCUCACCACCUCCACAUCUGCCUCACCCACCACAUACUGCCCUCACCAACCUUCCCUCACACUACCUGGCUACUGCCUCACCCCCCACACAUGCCACCUCCUAUACUCCUCACCACCUACAUACUGCCUCACGCACACUCCACACUGCCCUCACUCGACCUCCACCACUGCCCUCACCACCGUCCACACUCCCCUCACCCACCUCCACACUGCCCUCACCCACCUACAUAUCUCGCCCUCACCCACCUCACACCAACUGCCUCACCCACUACAUACUGCCUCUCUACCUCACCUACCAACUGCCCCUCACCCACCUACACACUUGGUCCCCACGCCCACCUACAUACUUGCCCUCACCUCACCUCCACGACUGCCCUCACCCACCUACACCUGCCCUCAGUCCCACCUCAACACUGCCUCACCCAUCCACACUGCCCUCACCCACUCCACAUGCCCUCACCCCUACUACUCGCAUACUACAUACUGCCUCAACCACCUAAAUACUGCCCUCAGCCACCUAACAAUAGCCUCAAACCCACUUACAUACUGCCUCACCCACAUCCUACAUACGAGGAAUAA